GUGACUAGUAUAGUGAUAACUGAUAAGGUUAUUGGAAUUACUGUUUUCAAGAAUUACUGUGAACACGUUCCCUGAGCACUGAAUCAAAUUUUUUUAUUGGUUAAGUAUAUUAAUAUUUCGAAACAGAGUGCAGUACUUAAUAGUUUCAAAGGUUAAAUGCAUCGUAAACAAAACAUAAGUUAACAGAAGCCUGACAAGCAACGACUAAUAUUGUCUGACGGAAUCUACAACAGCUAAUAGUAUUAUGCGGCAUUGAACCCGUCUACUCUUGGACUUGGACUUGAAUCUUAUUCCAGGAAUACACGAGCUAAAUUCCCUAUUCUUCUGCAUCUAGAGGGAAAGCAAGUGAAAAAGCAUUCAACUCUAACCAUACUGGAAUCCGAAGGGCAGUGGUGCGGACUAUGCAGAGAGAGAUAGCAAGGACGCAAGUAAGUGUAGCAGACUGUCUUUAUCACACACUGUGCAGUCUCUGAAAAAGUUUAAACUGUGAUAAAGCAGUGCGCAUGGGGAGGACUAAGCCGACAUAACAUAACCUGAAAUAGUGGCACAUAUAUUUUAUAUCGAAGACUGCUAAAUAUUUUUUGUCAUUUUUAUAGGGCUCUAUAUUUAUGUGAUGGAGCCUAGAUAGGAUUUAUAUGUACUUGUAUGUCAGUGCUAUUUCCAUCGCACCACGGGAGGUACUGAUAGGUAUGUCGGCAGGACAACAUUUUUGCACGACUUGUACACCACAUGUGCAGUUCAAUUCGAAAAGGACAACCUUAUCCACGAUGUGAGUGAGACAGUUGCGCGCUGGCCGGAUUACCUCCGAAUACAGGCGUACGGAUUCCAGUAUGUUUAGAGUUCAGUGGUAUUGCCGGUAUCGCCUAACUUGUAGCGUUGUGCAUCUCCCUACUCAUCUCUGACGUCACACACGCAUGUCAUUUUCUGAAGCAUUCCGAAGGCUGUGGGUGAUGUUCUUCAACUUUCGUCAACAAAUUAUUUACUAUCUCUGUCGAGAUGUUUUGAGUGACACUAGAGAAUCCUUAAUGAACAUCGGAUAAGGAAUAUAUGUAUAUUAUAAGAAUUUACCUCAAAAUAUCCUUUAGCUGCAAUGGAAGGAGAAGCACAGCCAAAUAUUUGCCAAUUGCUUGAAGAGUUGAAAAUAGUAGCAGAAGCAGGGGUUGACACUAAGGAGGAUGGCAUAACAAACAUUAUGCAGAUCUUAGAUUCUUUUGUCAGUGUCAGCAAAACAUUAGUUGGAGAAAUCUCAGGAUUUGUGUUUGACGAUGUGUUUUUAAUGCUUUUGACUCAUGAAUCAAAAAUAGUAAUUGCAAAGACUGCUAAGGCUAUAGCAGAAGUAGCAAAGAUAGAAAGAGGAAGAGAAAUAUUUACAAAUGCACAUCUAGUGAAAAAAUUAAUGUCACUUUUGAAGGAAGAUGACAUUGACAUUCUGGCACAAGCUUCAAGAGCGCUUGGCAAUAUUUGCUAUGAGAAUGAAAAGGGAAAGGAAUUAUUACAAAAAAAGAAUGGUCUGAAGGAUAUAUUGAUUGCCUUGAAAAAAAGUGCAAGUUUAGGUGAUGCCAAAGGUGCUGGAUUCUUAAGAAAUGUAACUGCAGGAUUGUUAUUGAAUUUCCUUAUUGGACAGGAUGAGUUGCAGAAAGAGGCUUUGAAAGAAAACGUGUUAUCUAUUGUCUGCAGUAUUCUAGAAAACGAUGGAAUCACAGCUGGUGAGUCUGCAACCCAUGCAAUGUUAAUUUUAGGAUUAUUGGCGGACUUGGGUCAAGAUGUUCUGGAUGAGCGAUUGACGAAAAUAUUAGUUGCCAUAUUGGCAAGUGAUGCAUCGCCAGAACUUUCGGAAAUGUGUCUGGAGCUGCUUCAUGGACAAGCCGAAAAUGAAAGUACAAAGAUUUUAUUAGCUAAAGCUGGUGUCUGUGAACUUCUACUUAAACUCUUGGAGAAACAUGGACCUCUCUGUACUGACGAAGAGACGAGAUCCGUGCUAAAAGUCGCGUGCAAUUUGAUCGUUUUGAUUUUAGCAGGCGACGAAAGCAUGGACGUGCUCUAUGAUCAGAGCCAUGGAAUUGUUUAUAAGAAACUGGUAGAUUGGUUGGACAGCGGUGAUGAGGAUCUCCAGGUCGCAGCCGUCUUGGCAAUGGGAAAUUUUGCACGGACCGACGCACAUUGCGAGCUCAUGGUGGCUCAAGGUGUUCAUCGAAAAUUGCUUCGACUAGUCAAAGAGAAUGAUAAUAGAAGCUGCGACAUAAGACUACAACACGCUCUCCUCAGUGCACUUCGAAACCUUGUUAUUCCUGUCUGUAACAAACCUAUUGUGCUAGCAGAUGGUCUUGUCAACGUAGUUUAUCCAAUGUUAGAUAUUCCAACAUAUCCAGUAGUCUUCAAACUGCUGGGCACACUCAGGAUAGUAAUCGACGGGCAACAGGAAGCAGCUAUUUCUCUCGGGCAGAGGGAAGAUCUUAUAAAGAAAGUAGUUGAAUGGUGCAGCACAGAGGAUCAUCCAGGAGUUCAGGGCGAAGCUAACCGUCUCAUUUCCUGGUUAAUUAAGAAUAGCAGGAACAAAAAUGUUGUUAACUCCAUAAUCCGACACAAUGCUGUGAAGCAUUUGGUCAAAAUGUUGACUGCUCAACAUGCUUUAAUGCAAAAUGAGGCUAUUUUAAGUUUAACUAUCAUGAUCACCGUUAGUCCUUCUGAAUCAGAGCAGCCAAUUAUCGAUGCCGAAAUUGGAGACACCAUGCAGAAAUUUCUUGAGGAAAGCGCACCUAACCUGGAGCCAGCUAUAAUUUACAGUUCUAUAUCUCUGACAGAAAGUCUCCUAAAAAUGAAGACAAUGAAGCAGUACUUGGCAAAAUUUGAUCUGGCCGCUGCGUGGAUAAAACUGCUUAAGUCUCGAGAAAAGAAUAUUAGUGAUCUUCGAGAGAAAGUGAAACCGCUUUGCGAAUCACUGGGAGCUCAGAUAGAUUGAACUUCCACUUUUAAUCUAAUUACUGAAUUAAGGGAAUGCGAACGUAGGAUUCUCUUUGUGUCAAUUGAAAUAAUCACGUUCGUAUUUUUCUCUUUAUCCUCCGAUUAAAAAGUAUUACCUUCGCUGCCACAACACGCACUACUAGUUUUCUAUCCCAGCAUUCCGAAACGGAGCGCAAACAUUGCAACUACAUAAUUUCGAAAUGAUGCAGAUCCAGUGCGAUCCGUUUCGAAAACUGCUACUGCGCUCUAAGCGAGAAUAUCAUAUUUUAACUCGUACUUCGUACUGACAGGUCAUUUUUGUCCGCAUAAUUCCUAACAAUAUCGAUUCGUCAAAAAUUAACGAUCGCAAAAUCGACGCUCCAUUUCAUAAAAGAAAAUAUAGUUAAAAUCUAUUAGUCUAUUCUAUACUUAGAAAGAUCAAGAAAGGUCUGAGUUGUGGCGUCGGACAAAAGUGACCCAUCUGUAGGGUUUAAGGGUGCCAAAAAUAAAAGUACGGAGUAAGGUUUAAUAUAAUUCUGGCAAUUUUAAAUGUAUGAACCUCGCGACGCUUCGUGUCUUCUAUUAUGAUACACCAACCAACGUCGCACUGUCAAAUGUAUUUAUUUAUCGAAAAAAUAAAUAUUCAGUCACAUACGUA